CAACCCCGCAGGUGCCGCAACCAACCCCGCAGGUGCCGCAGCCUACCCCGCAGGUGCCGCAGCCUACCCCUCGAGAGCCACGGGCACCCCGUAGACAGCCCAGGCAGCAGGAACUUGAUGGUGCUGUGAUGACGGCUACUGCCGCAUACGUUCGCCAGAGCCAGUUGGAGGAAGCCAGAGUUCAAGAGGACACUCGCUUCCGCCAACAACUGCUGGAGCAAAACCGGCAGCACCACGAGGCCCACCUGCAGAGCCUGCGGCAGCACCACGAGGCCCACAUGGAGAGCCUGCGGCACCUCGGGGAGGAGGUGGCGGGAAUGCGGGAAGUGGAGUCGCAGCGCCUCGAAGUGCAGCGGCAACGCCUCGAAGUGGCGCGUCGGUCGCACGAGACCAACGAGCGCCUGCUUCAGCUGCUGCUGGCUGCACUGGGGCAUGGUGGCAGCCAAGCCCCUCCCCCCUCUCAGGCCCCACAUAAUUAAAGGAUGCAAAGGUAGCAUAGGCAAGGAAUUUGUAACUUAUAUUAAAAUUUGCUGAUGUAUUAAUGAUAUGAAGGGCAAAUAUUGCUAGUUUGCAAAUAAAUAAUUGCUGAAGUCACCCUUUAAUGCAACCAUAAGUAGCAUAGCCAUUGCAGCAUGAAUUUUUUCUUCAAGGUUUACAUCAGCCAUAAGAGCGUGCACACCAUCAGGCUCACCUGCAAAAGUGCCUGUAGGCCUGGUGUGUGCGGGCAUUCCGACCGUGGCACUGCAAUUUUGAGGUGCCUAGUUAUUGUCAUGUCAAUUUAAGCACGACGCCACACUGCAAGUGUUCUACAAUUUAAUCCUUGUCAUCGAAUGGUGAAAUUUUCAGGCCUUACUAUAAUGUCGAAAGCAACCUGUCAAUAUACACAGCAAAAAAGAAAAAAGUUAUGAAAAUUCCUUGCCUAUGCUCCUUCUUUUCAUUUGUAAUGUUUAUUUUUUGUUUGUUGCAUACGCAUAUUUGUUUGUGUCACUACGUACUGAGCUGGAAUGUCUCUUUUCUUGCACAUCUGUCUCAUUAUCAAACAAUUUGUUGUCAUUCAGUAAUCUUUCAGGUUGUGAUACAUCGUAUUUUAGCCCUUGUGGUGCAAUUUGUGUGUAAUAUUUAUGCAGUUUGUCUUACUGAAUAUCAUAAUAUGGUGCUAUGGCUCUUUCAGUUUGAGCGCCACAACAGCAUGUUCCUUUCACAUGUAGUGAUGUACCUAUACAUUUCGCUGUGAUAAAUAUUCGGUUGGCAUGUGAUUUAAGCACCUGCUCAUUUCUGUUUCUGGUGCAGUUUAAGCCAGUUGUUAUUACUGUGUACUUGUGCAGUGUACAACAGUUUUCUUAAACGAUGCAUGCCGUUACCUGUGAUAUAUUAUGAUGCAAGAACAAUGUGAUCCGAUAUUUAUUCCAACGUGUCUGUGAUAUGUUGCAUAAUGUCUCUACUACUGAGUACUCAUGAUUCUCACACUUCUUCAAUGUAGAGACUGUCGCAUGUGAUGUGUGCAUAAACAAGUGUAUGUUGAAGACUGAAAUACAGAAAGGUGCAGUUUU